AUGAAGAGGAAAGUUCCCGAUAUGCCCGCCAUGAUUUUUCAUGCUCCAAAGAUUAUCUUCCUCCACUGUUUCAUUCUGUCAUUUGGGGUGAUUUACUUGCAGACCAAUGAUCACAUCUCUUACUACGGCACGAGCGAGGAGGCUUACCUCUCUGCUGCCAUAUGCCACACUGAAUACUUCACCGUCAAAUGUGAACUGGAUGAAAUGAUCGUCAUUCUGAAUGCGUUAUACGGAAGGAUGAGGAUUAGCAGAUGUGUACACCGGGAUUUCGGAUACCUCGGUUGUAAUAAUGACGUGACCGGACAGAUGGAUGCAUUUUGCUCCGGUCGGAGGAACUGCCACCUGAGAGUUCUCGAUGACACCUUUCCAAACGUUCCGCAUUGUCACUUUGAUCUUAAUUCCUACUUGGAAAUUGAUUUCAAAUGCGUUAAAGCCUCGCCAGGACAACAUUUUGAAGUAUCGAUAAUUAAUUUUUUCAAAAUGAACAGCACAACGUCCAGCCAUGGACAUUCAAGUUCCCUAUCAUCUGUUGACUUGAGAGGUUUUGGCCAGUUUUUCUGCCAUGCAAAAUAUGGCCUGAUAAGCGAAGGUGAUGGCGCAGAUGACGGUGUUUACGUAUGUGGGGAUCAGAAUUUGGGGAAAAAGUAUUCCAUAUAUGAAAGUUCGAUGAAUUUUCUUAAAAUAAUCUUACUGGAAACUCACGUGAGACAUGCAAAAUCUGCCAGAAGAUCUCCGUACCUGCUGCAAGUACAAGGUAUUUCUACAUUCAUUAAAAAUGAACAACAUCGUGUAGUUGUGGGCUGUCCAGAUGAAUGGGUGCCGGAAGGGGGGUGGAUGGUGAGAAACGAGAAGACCAUCUUGUUCGGGUGCAACUACACUUCGAUCAGUUGGAAGCUGACCUGCGUGGGUCAUGAAUGGAUGGGUCCGAGAUGGAACUGCUCAUAUGCUCGUUCCUUUGAUCUAGUCUCCAACUUAUCUGACGACCAGAUGCAAACGUUCAUCGCGUCUGUUGGUAGAUCUCUAAAAUCGUUUUAA